AUGCACUCAAAAGCUCGCCCUUGCGAUGCUGAGGGUGUGUUCCUUCCACCAGGAACACCACCUCCACCACUCACAGAAAAGACACCGGACGACUGGACUCCCUACAAGAGCCAUGUUGAGUUUGAGCUUGCCGACUACCUAUUUACAAAGAACCAAACUCCCGCACAUUCUAUCGACCACCUCCUGAACAUUUUGGCAGCUUCCUUAAUCCAAGCCAGGAGCAAGGCCACCCUAUUUCCAGAUCAUCGCGAUGUCUACAGGACGAUUGACAAUACUCCCCUUGGCGAUGUUAAGUGGCAAUCUUUUUCGGUCAAGUAUACAGGCGCAAUUCCAGAUGAAGGUGCCCCACCCUGGAUGGCAGAUUCUCAUGAUGUCUGGUUUCGUGAUCCCCGCGAUGUUGUUCGAAAUAUGCUUGCUAACCCAGACUUCACUGCGGAGAUGGAUCUCCAACCUUACCGUGAGUUCGCAACAGAGAACAAUGAACACCAAUGGCAGGACUUCAUGUCUGGAGAUUGGGGCUGGGCUCAAGCAGACAUCAUAUCUAAGGAUGCUGACACACAUGGCUCAACCUUUGUGCCGGUUAUUCUUGGAAGUGACAAAACUACCGUUUCAGUUGCCACGGGACAAAAUGACUACUACCCACUCUACGCCUCUAUCGGCAAUGUUCGGAAUAAUGUGCGUCGUGCUCAUCGAAAUGCUGUUGCGGUUGUAGCCUUCCUCGCAAUGCCCAAAACAACCAAAGAGCAUGCCGAUACACCAGGCUUUCGAAAUUUCCGAUGCCAACUUUUCCAUUCUUCACUCUCAUGGCAUUAUCGGUGUGUGGUCUAUGGACUUGGGCCCUACAUUGUAGACUAUGAAGAACAGGUGCUGCUCGCCUGUAUAUUACGAUAUUGGUGCGCCAAGUGUCUUUCACCUCGUGGAAACCUUGAUGCGAUCAAUUGCAAUCGCACAAGAGCUCACGCAGAUGCGCUAAUUGAAGAGUAUGAUUCUGGAACCCUGCGGUUUGAGUACGGUUUAGUUGGUGAGCUUGUGCCAUUUACCAACGAUUUCCCCCGUGCUGAUAUCCAUGAGCUACUUGCGCCUGACCUUCUCCAUCAACUCAUCAAGGGGGCAUACAAAGAUCAUUUGGUCGACUGGGUAGAGAAAUACCUCCUGCAGACGCAUGGAAAGAGGCAAGCCAACAUCAUCUUGGAUGAUAUUGACCGAAGGAUUGCAGCAGUUCCUCCAUUUCCUGGACUGCGUAGAUUUCCUCAAGGACGCCACUUCAAACAGUGGACUGGUGACGACUCAAAGGCGCUUAUGAAGGUUUACUUGCCUGCAAUUGAAGGCUAUGUCCCAACAGAUGUUGUGCGUGUGUUCCGUGCAUUACUUGAAUUCUGUUACCUCAUCCACCGCAAUAUCAUCACUGAGAAGUCCCUCAUUGAAAUUCAAGAUGCGCUCACUCGUUUUCACACAUAUUGUGAGGUUUUCAGGACCACUGGAGUGGUCCCCACCUUCUCGCUUCCCCGACAGCACUUGAUGACUCACUAUGUCUCCCUGAUUCGACUAUUUGGCGCUCCGAAUGGCCUGUGCUCCUCAAUCACGGAGUCGAAACACAUCAAGGCUGUCAAAGAGCCAUGGAGACGUUCCAGUCGGUACAAGGCACUAGGCCAGAUGCUGCUAACUAAUCAGCGUCUGGACAAGUUAGCGGCAUCACGUGUGGAUUUCUGUAUUCGCGGGAUGCUCUCAGGUACAUGCUUAUCCUCUGUUCUCACAUCGCUUGCGCGAAGCGCCAGUGUGCCUGACGCUGAUGUCAUUGCAGACUCUGAGGACAUUGAUGCACCAACUUCUGUCCUUGCACACAUAGAACUCAGUCGAACAUCUCAAGGGAGAAAGCGGGCACAAAGUGUUCCUGCGCUAGCCAGCAAGCUUCACAUCCCACACUUGGUUGAUCUUGUCCGACAAUUCCUCACCGAACAAUUGUAUCCGGACAAGGAACUCGCUGAAGUGCCUGUGAGCAUCAUGGACUGCCCUCACUUUGAUGGGAGGAUACGUGUUUUCAAUUCCGCAGUAUCAACAUUCUUUGCACUGAGUGACUUGAGUGGGAUUGGUGGGAUGAAACACGAGUACAUUCGUGUGUCCCCCAAAUGGAGAAAUGGACAUCCAUGCAAAGAUUGUGUGUUUGUCAUUACUGACCCAAAUGCUCACGGAAUGCGGGGCAUGGAUAUCGCUCAGGUACUCACGUUUUUUUCCUUUCGACUUAGGGGUGUAUACUAUCCAUGCGCUAUUGUCCGCUGGUUCAACCGAGUUGGCGAUGCACCCGACGGCGACACCGGAAUGUGGAUGGUGAAGUCUUCUUCCACUGGUGAUCAUGCAUUUGCAGUGAUCCAUGUGGAUACCAUCUUCUGUUCUGCCCAUCUCAUUCCUGUCUAUGGUACUGAUCCGCUUCCCUCCGUGAUUAAACCCCACCAUGUCCUCGAGAUCUUCACCCUCUUCUAUGUCAACAAAUAUGCUGACCAUCACACCUUCGAGAUAGCGUGUUAG